AUGGCAGUGUCAGAGGCAGAGAGUCUGACUCGUGUACCUUUUACAGCAGAGGGGUACAUGCCACCCACGCCACACUUGUUUGUGCCAUCGGGCUUUGCGGCAUAUAAGCCACGGCGGAUGGAGUAUGACCCCGAGCUCGUCCUGAGAGAUCCCGAGACUCACAUUUCAAGUAGUUGGACAAAGGAGAGAGCGAGGCAGAGGGAUAUCCGUGGUUUUGGAGGCGCGUGUAGCUCUUUGGCGCUAUACCAGGGCUUGCCCGCCAGGGUGAGGCAGUUAGUGGAUGAAGCAGGCUUCAGAGAGUUCAUCCAGACGCAUACUCUGCCCAGAAAUGACCAUGCCGUCCUAGUAGCACUUGCAGAGAGGUGGAGGGACACUACCAACUCCUUCCACCUACUACCCGGGGAGAUGACAGUGACACCUGCUGACUUUACAGCGAUCACUGGCUUGAGAGUUGGGGGCGAGCCUAUCCCGUUUGACUUGGGCAUUCACGAAGACCCAGUGGCCCUGGAGUGGUUCUUUGGAGAAGCACCCAAGAUUGAGGAAGGGAUGGCAAGGUAUGGGCAGUUCACCAAAUAUCUCAAGAAAAAGGUGACAACUGAACAGGAAGCGGAGCAGAUGGCCCGGGCAUACCUAUUGUAUCUCUUUGGCGCGACCUUGUACCCGAAUCGGCGCAGUAAAGUUCACUUGUCAUACUUGUCUGCACUGAGAGAUUUGAGAACAGCUUCGCGCUUUGACUGGGGUGGAGCGGCAUUGGGCGCGGCCUAUGGUUUCUUGGGCGACUCGUCGAGGACGGAGAUGAGCACUGCUGGAUAUUGGAGAAUCUGGGAGCUCUGGGCCUAUGAGGUUUUGAACAUGUGCCGCCCAGCAUCCAAAAGCCUGGACUUGGGGAUUCUCCCGCGUGCUCACAUCUGGAGCAAGAAGAACAUGGGAGAGAAGAAAGGGAGAGGUGACCUGAAUAGCUUCCGGAUAUACCUAGACGAGCUCAAACCUCACAGAUUGAGUGGGAUCCUUAGAGGGUGGUAG